AACACAAGUUUCUCAAGACACCAUUGCGCGAAAAAAAAACUUUCGAUAAAAGCAAAUAUUUGACUUCUACCAUUGAAAUGAAUACGAAGGGAUGACAAGAUAAACAAUCAGCAUGGCAAGUAGAAAGCCAGUUAGACAGGCAGCUAAAAGGAAGAUUGCCUCAGAUGUAGAGAAUUCUGAUUCAGAGGUGAAAGAAAAGAAGAUAAAAAAUUGUCCAAAAUCUGGAUGUCCUACUUUGCCAAUAUGUUUUGCACGUGUAGCAUCAACAUGUUGUGGCAACGGUUACACAUCCAGAUGGUAUCAUAUUUCUGCUGGAGAACAUUUCUGUAACGAGUGCUUCGAACAUUUCUAUAGAAGUCAUAAUGCUGGUUAUGAUAAAUACACUGCAUGGAAGAGGAUCUGGUCACAGUAUGGAGCAACAGAUAACAGUGUCAAGUAUUACAUGGCAGAUCAGCUUUUACCAUACUGGAUACAGUGUAAUCUGUGCGAGAAAUGGCGAAGUGUCUUCCGUGAAACUGAAAUCACGCCAAGAUAUUUGAAGAACUAUGUGUGUACAAGAGUUUUGAAGAACCAGUCUCAAGAUGAGGCAUGUGACAGUCCAGAGGAUUAUCGGAUAGAGAUGGCUAAGGAGGCUUAUGUCUGGCCGUUUCAUCUGAUCAUCCCAAUGUUUGUAAAGAACGCAGUCUAUGCUCCGUAUACACGAGAUUUCUUUCAAGAUUCUGUUGGUAUCAGCCCCUCUGACACAUCUGUGCAUAAAUAUGAUGAAGGAAUUAUGGAGGUACGUCAAUAUUUACAACCAUUCCAGUUUGUUGAAGACAAUAUGGCAAUGGCUUUACCUCCCGAUCAACUGUCAGAAGAUGAGCUGCUGUAUUUCCCAGAGUUUAAAGGGAUCUUCCUGAAAUUCUACCUCAUUAUCCGUAACACAAUACUGGUGUUAUGGAACCUAAAUAUCAAAAAUUGGGUUACCCGAGAACGUUGUAUGAACUAUGUGAUAAUGCGAGGCUUGUCGAGGGUAUGGAUCACAAUACACGUUGAUCGUAUACUGUUUUACCUCACUCUCAAAGGUUACAUCAACCAUGGUGUUGCUUUACCUGCCAAGGAAAUUCAGUUUAUUGAACCACCAGAUGAAAAUUUCCAAAAGCAUCCUGUGAUAAUUAUUGGAGCUGGUCUGUCAGGGCUCAGUGCUGCUAGACAACUUACCAACUUUAGUGUUCAGGUGACAGUGUUAGAGGCUGGAGAUCAUAUAGGUGGCCGUGCCGUGGAUGGUGGGAGCUCAAAGUUUAACACACAGUCUCACAUGGUGGUUGGCUGUUAUAAUAACCCUAUUGUUAUACUCUGUAAACAGGCAGAUGUAAAAGUAAAAGAGCUUGGAGAUAGUUGUGUUUUAUUAUCAGAUGGAGGUGAAAUAGUUGAUGAUAAAAUUGACAAACGGAUGCAGUUUCAUUUUGAAGCUAUGUUAGAUAUCAACAAACAGCUGAGGAAAGAACAAGACAAAGAUAUCAGUCUCCUAGAUCAGUUUACUGAGCUUCACAAUCAAUUCAAAGAUGAGUCUGGAAUCAAAUUCACGAAGUUAGAGGAAAGUUUACUAAGGUUUCAUCGCAGUAAUUUAGAAUAUGCAUGUGGUAGUAACCUUGGCAACAUAUCUUCCUUGUUCUGGGAUCAGAAUGACGAGUACCCACAAUUCCAUGGACCUCCAGUACUGGUACAAGAUGACUUCUCUAAAGUCCUUGAUAAGCUGGCAAAAGAUAUACAAAUAGUCAAGAAUUCUCCGGUAACAUCAAUUGAUUACACAGAUGAAGCGAUUAAGGUCACAUGUUCAUCUGGGGAAAGUUUCCUGGCAUCAAAAGUCAUAGUGACAGUACCCUUACAUGUGUUAAAAGAAAAGAAGAUUGAGUUUACACCAGCUUUGCCUGAGGACAAGAACGUUAACUUGGGCUGUGGACAUGUAGAGAAAGUGAUGUUGGAAUUCCCUGACAAAUUUUGGAGUAAGACAGUGAAGGAAUGUGGAAUGUUUGGACAGAUAUUAUCUACCUCAACUGUACCGGGAUUGUUUGAUGUAUUCUAUGAUAUUUCACAGGAUGACCGAGCAAUGCUGGCAACAUAUAUAUCUGGUGAUGCUGUAAACAUUCUUAAAGACAAGACAGAUGAACAAGCUGUAGAAAUGUGUAUGCAAACAAUAAAAGCAGCAUUUUGUAAACAGACUGUACCAGAACCUAGUAAUUACCAGGUAUCGAGAUGGUAUAAGAGUGAACAUAUAGGUAUGUCAUACUCUUACAUACCUACCAAUUGUGAACCAGAGGCAUUUGAUAACCUCGAGAAAGACGUGAACGAGAAAAUCUACUUCGCUGGCGAGGCUACCCACAAGCAGUACCAUCAGACUUUAGCAGGUGCUUAUAUAAGUGGACUUCGUGAGGCCGAGAAAAUCUAUAGAUCUUUAGCCAACAUCACAUGACAUGUCACAUGAUCUAUAUCACAUGACAUCUGUACCCUGACACAUGUCACAUGGUUCAGAAACAAAAAUGUUGCUGAAAAGUUGAGGGGAGAAGACAGUAUUCAGUUGUUUGGCAAGGGCAGACAUUUUUACAGCUUAGAUUGUAAAGUCACAGAAUUUAUUGUAUAGAGAUCGCUAUCAUACCAUCUUUAUAUGCUUCUCUUGCUUUAUUGCCACAGUUUUGAACUAUGUAUAGAGUUGGAUACCUCAGUAAGUUGGUUUUAGGUGUGUACAGAUAUUGGUGGCAGAAUUCACAGGCUUAAAAUAUAGUUUAUUUUUACCAGUAUCACUGGUCUGUAAUGUGUACAGUGUUAAUACAAACAUUAUAGGCCUGAGAUGUGUAUAAUUAUUGUAUCAAACAUUGCAGGUUUGAAAUUUGUACAACAUAGCUACAACUUAGCUACAAAAAUCACACACCUGAAAUAUGUACAGUGUAGUAAUAAUACCAUACAUUUGACACAUAGCUGUUUGGUUGAUAUGUUAGCGUUUUAGUUUGAAACAUAGAUGGUGUUGGCAUAUAGUGAUGUUUUGUAAACAAGUGAAUUUUUUUCACAAUGCUGAAACAUGUACAGUGUAAAUAUCAGUAUAAAGAUAUGAAACAUAUUUGUAGCUUAGUUGCAAAAAUCCUAAGAUUGAAAUAUAUAAAUUGUUAGAAAUUAAAAGAGCUGUGUUAAGUGUACCAUUGGUUUGACGUCCUGUACAUGACUGUUUGCUACUUUCACUGUUGGGAAAUGUGUACAUGUUUCCUAUUUACAUGAUCGUCACAGAUAUGGAAGGUGUACAGGCUAUUGAUAUAAUUAAUAGAUGUACAGUUUGUACAAUUUUGUUACAUGGAUAACAUAUAGAGGAUAUUGAAUGAGUGUAAGUUCAUUAAUGAAUUUAAGGAACAAGUUGAAUGAAAUUAUAUUAUGCCUGGUGAUCGAAAUAUUAUUCUAUUCAACAAGUUCCAAUAAAUUCAGUAAUGAACCUACACAAAUAUGAUAUUCUAUUUAUACCAUACCCUAAAUAAAGACUGUAAAAAGUGUAAAAGAAUCAUUUUGUUACUGAUGCACCUAUAGGGUAAUGCUAACAUUUAUUGUGUUUUUACACUUUGAUGUGUUUAACGCAAAUGAUGUCGCAUCAAAAUAAUAUAUGCAUGGCCAUGUGAUAUUAUUUUUACUGAGUUGCAAAAGCGGCACAGGUAUGAAAUAUAGUUCCUAUCCAGUAUUGAUUAGUUGAAUAGUCAUAUGAAAUACUGCAACUUGUACUGCAAGAAACAUAAUGUUGAAAUACUAUAUGGAAAAAAAUUGUUUUAAAGUAAAUUUGAUGGGGGGGGGG